GCCACGCGACGGGCCUCCUUUGAUAGAGGAGGACAUCUGUCAGUGCCAUUUAUGAUUCGCAAGUCAACCGCGCUCAGCCUACGAACUACAGACGCCAAACAAUCAUCCGUCAUUUAAUACGCCACCAGCUCGCCGAUCGACGAGCCAAGAGUGCUCCUCUGCAACUAGCUCUUGCACCACGAACAUCUUGAAUUUCCUCUCCGGCCUGGCCCAGGCCUGUUCGCUCGUUGGGCGUGUCACUGCCAGCCCGUUUACAGAGCGGAAUACCACACUCGCACUCUGGACGUACAAACGGGGUACGGAUACCCCAAUCAAUGAGGUACGGGCAAUUGACCCUCGUUGUUUUGGUCCACCAACUGCCGCCUCAGGUCUCGAACCCUUCUGCGAUCCUGCGCUGGGAACUUUCCCCUCGAAGGCUCGAACCCUGGGUCGCUCAUCUCCCGCAGCCUGUCAUCUUAUCUUGCUGGCCUAGUCAACGCAGAUCGGCGAAAGGAAACCACUCGGGAAGCGCGACGAAUUCACCACCACCAUCUUCCACCUUUCACAUUCACUGAUCUUUUCCGCCAGCUGCUCUCUCCUCCUUGUCUCGAACCUGCGGCUUGCCACUGAUGUUGCUGCACCUCAGCGAGAGACAGGACAGGCACUAGAGAGCACCCGCUGCAUGUCUCACAAAACCAUCUGCCCGCCCUGAUUGGCCGACUUUCUUGAUCAUUUCCAAACAUCCUGCGGAACGACCGCUUUUGCGCCCAGGACCAUCAACAGUCAACGACAACCCCUUAAGCUCGGAGCCUGUCGCGAACCCCCCGUACUUCAGCAGGAAACACUUUGCAAGAGGGGGGGAAGAAGGGUAAGGAGUCAGAUCCACGGACCACGGCAACUGUUUGUGCUUGAACACCAUUGUUUCCUUCAAUCGACGGCAGACCGGCAGUCCGAAUUCCUCAUUCCGGUCAUCUACCCGAACACGGCAGUCUGUUUGCUUGGGCUGCGCAUGCAUACAACGAAAGGCGCCUCCAGUCCCGCAAACAGUCAUAUAAUCGCUGUCACGCUUUCCCCGUUCAGCGCCUAGCAGAGCCACGACAUAAUCUCGCAUAUACUGUCAAGGCCCAGACGAACUGGACACGAACAACUUUCCCGCACCUUUGUGUCCGUCAGCCCCGCCAGAUUUCCCGCGACCUGUUGGCAGUGCAGUCGGCUUCAUCCGAUUCUACUGCAAACCGGACAACAGCGCCUGACCCUGGAGACCAACUUUUAUUCCAUCCGAACCCACAACCGGACGGGCCACGGGCUGAACUGAAGCUGAGCGGACGGUUCCUUGCCCGAAACUUUGAUCAAAUGCCUUCGUCCCAUAUGUUGCUUAUUUGAAGAGUAAUCGACCAUUCAGGUUCCUGCGCCACGGAGGGGGUUACGGUUAUUUGCAGCCAAACAGCCCCAUUAAGGACCGACUCGCAUUGCGUCUGACGACUCCACGGCCACUGUAACAACAAUCAACGCCUGCAGCCAAGGUAUACAUCGGCACAGGAAGCUACACGGCCAGUGCCUGGAUCGUUUGCCAACAAAAAACUAAAAACUGAAAACUUGGCCAUCAAGAACCAUGGCGACGCAGACGGUACACGCCCACGCGGGCCACGCCCAUUCAAGCUCCACCUCCUCAUAUCCCCCGCGACCUGCGUCUCCAACAUUGACGAAUCCCGACAUGAUUCUCCCCGACUACGAUCGCUCACCUUCUCCCGACCGAUCCCAUUCUCCGCUGACCAUGUGGAAAAAUGCACAUACUGUCGACAUGAAUAUGCAGUUCCAGUUUCCGCCGAGCGCAUACGUCGCUGGCCCUAUCACCCCUACCACACCAAUCAUCUAUGGCAACGGAACCAUGCUGUCCGACAUUGGUGAAGUCACCGAGGCCGAGAGCACACCUGGUAGAGCCUCGCGCCCGACUUCCAUUAUUUGGUCCCGACCCAACAACAGAGGCGCCGACGAACCACGAUAUCCGUCGCCCACAAAAGCGCUUGAAAGCCUAAAGCAACGAGCAGCGCGGGCGACGCGCGAACGUCGAUCCUCCAAUGACUCUACAAGCACAAUCACCACCACGCAAGACCAAAACGCCUUGUUCGCCGAGUUUGACGAUACCGUUAGCGUCGACGACAGCAACUUCCAAGGCGACGACGAGGAAAGUGUGGCGGAAUCAUACGCAGAAUCCGUGUCUGUUCAUCAAGCGCAGGCCAUCUCGCAACCCAUCAGGGUAUCAUCCCUCGAUGAUCCUAACAGAUACUCAACUGCUCUUAUAAGCCGCAGAGCUGAGCAAAUCCUAGCAAAUGCCAAGCGGAGGCUGACCACCAUGGAAGGCAACCUAUCAAGGGCGCGGAGUUCCUUAAGCAUCUCGACCCCCUCAAUGUCUUCUUUCGAGGGCAACCACUCGACCCCUUCUCCCCCGAUAAGGUCGGCCUCUUCCGCAACCUCUCCGACGUCUGGUCAUGGACAUGCUAGGAUGUUGAGUGACACAUCAAUUAAUUUUGAUGCAAACGCUGCGGGCAAUGUUCCCAGGCGGUCCGCUAGUGCGAUGGGGGCAGCCGGGGGAUACCGACAACCCCUAUCUGUGCGGAAAGUGUCGCACGACGCCGCCCUCGACCGCCUCGACUCCGGAGGGGAGGGGCAGCCGCGUUACAAGGCCGCUCAAGAAAUCGGCCUGGAGCCCCUGGGGGAGGACGAAGUGGCACAAGAAUUCCACUCGGGCAGUGACAGCACCCGACAGGAGAGUCUCUUGAGCCCAACAUUCAGCUCUUCGAGUCGUGAUAGGCCACUGACACGCUCGGCGUCGGUGGCGCAAAUGCGCGAUAUUAGGGGCCAGGUGCAAGAUCUGAAAGGGAAGAUCUCAUCUUUGAGGGAGCAAGCGCGUGCCGACAGCAUGCGACGACGCAGCAUGCAGAGUCUGCGAAAUCCCAGUCCUUUUACUCACGCUCAGGUUGACCAGUGGUAUGCAGAGCCUCAGAAGCAGCAAUCGCCGGAGGCAUUGACAGUUACUUCGGACAAGAAUCCAUGGAAUGCGGACGCGGUGAGCGUUGAUGGUUUAGUCCAAGAGCGUGAAGAUGUAGACGGCGCAAGGGAGCACUCAGUUGUGGAUGAUGAGUCAAUUGUCGAGGAUUACGACGCUGCGCAAGAGGCCAUUCGGCAGGAAGAAAGGCAAAAGGCCCUAGAUGCAAUGGAGGCAAAUCAAGAGUUGGAUGAUGUGGCUGUUCAAGACGACGACAUAUCUGACAUGCAUACCGAGGACGGUUUCGAAGAUAGCGUGCAAGUCCAGGAGGGGGAGGGGUACGAGAGCGAGAGUGGAGAUUCACUCUAUCACGAUACCGUCCAGACUUUCAUGUCUCAUGAAGACCGCGAAGACGCGUUCGACUACGAGCAUUUCUUCCUUCACAGCGCAAUGGGCUCUCUGAGUCAACAGCGUCGUGGCAGUGUUACUUCCGAGAGUUCUGUCGAAACGACCCGUGGGCCCAUCACCAACGAGACAAUUCGGCCGAUAUCGAUCAACAGAAGGGGCAGCGGUGACACGACCUCGACCAUUGAGUCGUUCGCCACGGCAUACGAGGGUCGAUCCAGUCGAGUUAGCACCAGCGAUACUGGCGAGGAGCUGAGGCACGGCAUUCUCACGCCGCCCAGCAUCAGUCCCAUCAGUGAACAUACCGAGAGCCCUUCAACCGCCAAGAGAUCUACUAUUGGCAGUAGCAUGGGCGGCGAGGAUGUUCUGGACGAACUACGAAGCCGUGCACGUGCCGGGUCGACGGCCUAUCGCCGGCCGAUGAGUACUCAGGCAACCAUGGGGCACCGCCAUGCGACUGCAUCCUUCGACUCAACAGGCACCAACCGAAGUUUUCCGCUGGUGGGCAAGGCGCGUGUCAGCGUUGGUGUUCCGACGCCUCAGGGCUCUCCCGAGCUGGAACUCAAGACCAUCUCGGAUGCCUUGAUGAGCGAGACUGCGAGCAUUUGCGAUAAGGAGAGCAUGCACACGCCGAACCAGCUUGCUCCGAUGGAGCAGCUGGCCAAAGAAGACCAGAUCCUGGUCGAGCGCUUCGUGGCCAGCUUGGGACGUUGCGUGCUCGCGAUGAGCGAAGCCGGCAAGGCCUCUGCAGAGAGCCGAAUGUAUAGGAGGCGCAUCGACAUGGCGCGCAGGGUUUUGGAGGGCAUUGGCGAAACUUGACAGGAGUCGUGUUCCCCCUUGUUUUUCGAUCUUGAUUUAGACUAAGUGCUUGGAGGGUUUUCUGCUACCAAACAGCAGCAAGGGUCUGCCAUCCUCACGACCGCGACAGGCCCAGGACAUUGACGUUGGCGUCAACAACGAAUAACUGAUAAUGUCAAAUGAGGAGUGAGGGAGGUUGUGGCGGAGGGAAGGGUGGAAAGCAAUGCGGGGGAGGCUUUCGAUUCUCACGCAGGCCGAUUGACGAUUUCAUUUCCUAGAUUCGAUCCCGAUACCCUUCUUUGUACCUCUUAUUUCGGCGGCUGCGUACCCGCCCUUCUAUUCUCUUCUUGUAUCCUACCCACUUUGCAUAUGCGUAAGAACUGCUCAAAAGCUUUUUUUUAAUUCUUCGUCUGGAAAAAUAGACUUGACAUUUUGAGGCGCCCUGAAAUUAUGGGUGUUGGUUGUGUAUUAUCCUCUCCGGGGCUCAGAAUAUAUUCUGAC